CUGAAGAGAGAAAAGAAAGAGCAGAAAGAACAUGAUAAGAGAGAGAAGGAACGGUUAAAGAAAGAAAAUAAGGAGAGGGAAGAUGGAGAGAAAAAAGAGAAGGACAGAAAGACAUCAGAAGGGAGGGAGGAAGGAAAGAAAGGGGGAAGGAAGGAAGAAGGAAGG